AUGCCGGAGAAAGCCUCAUCCUUGGUAAUUGUGAAGGGAUUCGUGCCUGUGCAGUCGUCCGCCCCAUUCUACCCCUUCAACACACGUCUUGACCCAGUGGCUGCGUAUGUUUAUGUGACUGCAAGUGCUGUUUCCGACGCUCUUCUAAUAUACAGGUGUAGCGUUGUCUGGGAUUCCAAGAAACUGGUGCUCAUCGUCCCAAUUUUACUCGCUCUAGCAUCGGCUGUGACAGGCUACCUUUCGCAAUAUGUCGGGCUGAUGUUCAUCGUCCUGUCUAUGUCCACCAAUUUGACGGUAACUUGUCUGAUAGUUGGGCGAAUCUUUUGGAUGGCUAGGCGUAUCCGCGCCUUUCUAGGGCCUGCGCAUAGUCAGUACACGGGGGCCGUCGCAAUAAUUGUCGAGUCCGGUCUGGUGUCGACAGUGUCUAUGGCGUUCAUUGCCGGGACGUUUCAAUGCGAUACUGCUCGCUGGGCAGCUUACUACUUGGGGUCGCAAGCGAUAGGAAUCGCGCCAACACUGAUACUAGUGCGGGUUGGCCUUGGUGCAGGAACUUACGAGGAGAGCAUGAAAACAUUAGAGUUUGCCGCGAAAACAGAACAAUCCGCUACUCAGUGA